CACAGCUCCCUCCAAACACCCCAGCCCACGACACCACCCGUAACGGCCUGGCUGCCGUCUGCUGCCUCCAGGCAUGGUGGUCAACAGUCAGGACGAAGAGGACGCGUCCUAUAUCGACUACGAGACCUUCUUGGCCCCCGGCUUCAACCCCGCCGCCUUUGCCAACAGCCUCGUGCUCUCGACCAAUAACCCCAAUGACUCGCCCCUCGACCUAUCCACACCCCUCUCAAGGGUGCUCUUCGACAUCCAGGAGAUCGACUCGCACAUCGACCAGCUGACCACCCGCUCCGCCAUCCCACUGCUCACCCACACCGAGGAGCAGACCGCAGCGAGCGGCAGAAUCAUCACAGAGAUCGACGGCCAGGUUAAGGCCCUCAACGCGAGCUACAAGCAGCUCGAGAGGGAGGUCACCAAGAAGCAUGCCGAAGCCGACACCGUCCGCCAGGUCGCCUCGCGCCUGUGGGAGACGCUGAGGCUAGGCCGCUCCGUCGCCCGCUGCCUACAGCUGGGCCGCCAGCUCCAGGUUCAGCACUCGGAGCUUGCCGCUUCCGCCACGACGGCCGCGCGCAGGGAAGAUCACAAUGCGCUGGUCCGCUGCACGCACACCAUCUUGUCCCUGCGCGAGAUCCUAGAGCGCAAGGCCCCUGGGGAGGAGGGCCACGGCCUGGACCGCAUCGACGCCAUACGCUCCCUGCAGGAGACCGUCAUCGCACCCAUCGAGCGUUCGGUUCAGGAGCUCUCGGAGCGGAUAGUGCGGGAGUUUUCCAUAGGCUCAUCCUCAUCGUCCGGGGCGCCAGGCGGCGGCGGCCCGACCUUUGCCCAGAUGGAGGAGGCCAAGGCGCGCAUGGUUUCGGCUCUGGUGACGCUGUAUCUGCUGUCACCCACCGCCCUGGCUAAGAACGAAAGGUGGAGCCCCUCAGCCAUGGUGCAGGCGCUCGAGAUAUAUCUGCGCUCGGCGCUGCAGAGCAGCAUAGCAUCCCUGGCCCGCUCGCUCGCAGCCCUGCCGUCGCUCGAUCGGACCCUGGCCGAGGUGAGCGCGCGGUGCCAAAACAUCGUGGCACUCGAACUCGUCCUCGAGUCAACAAAGGCGCCUCCGCACCCCCUGAGGCUCCAUCCCCCAGCCGUUGUUGCAGCCGAAAAAGGCAAUCUUCUGCAACCACUGCUGGCCCAUCUCGAGACCGGCUCUCUGGCCUCGUACUUUUGGCGGACGAUGGCGAGCAGCCUCGCGACCCGGGUCCAGGAGAUCAUGAACCGGGGCGGCGUGUCUGCACGGACCCUGAGAUCCAACAAGAGCAACGUAGGGGAAGCCAUCAGGGAAUGCGUUGUUCGAGGAUGUCAGCUGCCAGGCGCCGCAGCAGCCGCUGGCGCACCGAAAGCGAAAGCUAAGGGCCAGGCCAUGGACGGCAGCACCGAAAAGGCCGGGGGCUGGGACCGGGAGAUUGCCGUCAUGGUCGGCAGCGUGGUGGGAAAUAUUGGGCGAUGAGUUUUCCUCAACCAAAAUACCAUACAAACGCCCACGUUGGCUGCACUGCUUGUGGGAGCUAAACUCUCGUUCAAGCCAUGUGAAGCCACUGUCACCCUAGAUCAUUCAUCAGGCGCUUUUCGUAAGUAUCCGAAAUGCUGUGGCGUAGGGCAGCUCUCGUUUAGCUUCUUCGGCCCUAUCGCGUGGCCGCUUUGGAGACUUGCCGCAUAUGUGAGGUGACCUGCGCCAGCAAGCACGGCGCCCAUCAAAUUCCCGCGAUCCUGUUACUCUCAACUGAGUUGCGAUUUCGUGUCUCCGAUGAUUGUGUCGUAAUUUCGCACCUGUGGUUAGCCUAACAGAUGUUGUGGUCCACCUAGCCCUGAACUAGCUAAGUUGCUUUGCCGGCUAAGCUGUGUUUAUAAACUGAAUGAGUUAUAUAUCUCUUUCAUACGGCAGCAUGUUGGAAAGCGCAGAAAGGGGUCGAGGCGCGCAGUUGGUGGCGCAGUUUACACAGGCCGGAUGGGUCUCAGUGGCCACCCCUGAGACCCUCAUCCAUGCCUUCUAGUAUGGAGUUAUCAACAAAUUUCAGAAGAACUGGAUGUUAUACACUUCAC